AUGACCUGUCUUGGACCAGGUCCCCGUAAUCGUGUCUACCUCUUCAAAACUAGUCAGACUAAAAGUUUUAUGAUCAUACGAACAAAGCCGGACAAAGAGUUGAAAACUCAGAACUCUGUAGUUGAGGAGAUAAAAAGAGUCAAGUUGGGAGAAACGUGGUUUUACGUCAAGUUUUACAAACCGAGUAACUUCAACCCGAGAAAGAGAUACCCGGUGGUGUUUGACGUGUACGGAGGACCCACUAUGAACAAAGUCAGCACCAAGUAUAAAGUCGGAUAUGACCACUAUUUUGCGGGACGGUAUAACACUAUAGUUGUCACCAUGGAUGUGAGAGGUACUCCCGGAAGGAGCGACAACUUCCAACGAGCUAUUUAUAAGAAAUUCGGCACUGUCGAGGUAACUGACUCGAUUGAAGUUAUAAAGUGGGUCAGUCGGGAGCCGUACAUAGAUUCGUCUCGCAUGGGUAUUAUGGGAGCUUCUUACGGUGGGUACCUGGUGUUGAAGAUCAUUGAGGCGGAGCCGAAACUGUUUGUGGCGGCGGUGUCGUCUGCAGCGGUGUCAAACUGGCGGUGGUACGACACGGCGUACACGGAGCGGUUCAUGGGACUGUACGACAGGAUGGUGUACGAACGUGCUUCAGUGGUACCGGACUUGAAGAAAAUACCUAACAACGUGUUACUCCUGUUACACGGACUAUCGGACACAAACGUGCUUAUUAGACAUCACUGGGCAGUGGUCAGGGAACUAAACUUGCGUCAUAAAAUAUACAGUCAUUACGUGAAACCAGGCCAGACUCACAGACUAAAACGACUGUUUCACACUUUACUUUGGUUUAGAAAGAGGCUUUGGAAUCGAGGAAGACGGUGUAGAUUCGGAUAA